GAGAGUAAUUGUGGUGACAGCCAGUGCAAGGGGACAACGGCUCAUGUGAGACACAGAGGAAUGAAAAGAUAAAAAAACAGAGAGGAAACAGAGAGGGACUGACAGACCCAAAACUGGACUUCAGUAUGGGUGUAAAGAGCAAGGCUGCUGCAGCUAUCUUAGUCCUGCUGCUGUUCUUCGGCUCCCUGUGGCUCCAGGGAGGUUUGGAUUACCACUGGGAUUCUUGUAUAAAAGGUUAUAAUAAUGUAAAUAAGCUUCACCAGCUGUCCAACAGCAGUGGGGGUGAUGGAGCUGAGGGCCCACAGGUCCUACAGGGGUGCCCUGGUCAGACCUUCCAGGUGUCACUGCUGCUCUCCCACCUGCUGGCAGCACCAGCCUACACCUCUGACGUGUUGCUGCAGCCCUAUCUGUCCAGCUGGGACGAGCUUGUGAAGUUUAUGGAUGCUCUGGGCCCGAUGGUGGGACUGAUAUCGAAAGAGAUAGAAAGUAAGACCUCUAUAAUCCGCCAACUGGCCCUUUUGGCAGAAGAGAACCCUGAAGCAGAGUUGGGCCCAGAUCUACACUCAAUAGACUCAGAGACGACAGAGGCCGGGACAAAGAAAAGUUUAGAGGCCUCACAGCACACAGGUGCUUACCACUCUGUGCGCUCUAUGAUCUGGGUGGAACUGAACCGAGGCGUGGUGGACUUCCACCAACACUCAGACUCUGGAUGCCGGACUCUUCUGCGCCUGCAUCGUGCUCUGCUUUGGUUGAAGCUCUUCCUGGAGAAGCUGGCUGAGACACCAGUCGCCGGCCGGCUCAGGAGCCCCUCAGAGCUGUGCCGCGAGGCCUACCAGAACACCCUUGCGAACUACCACACCUGGUUCGUCCGCAGGGCUGCGGAGCUAGCCUUCAUUGCCAUGCCGGAAAGGAAUUUCUUCUUCAAGCUUGUGUGUGUGCAGAACCAAGAAGAGCUGAGCACAGUGCUGAAUAGAGUGGUUCAGGCCAUCAGUGAGGUUUACGACAGGACGCAGAAAGCUCUGGAGGAAAAUGGCAUGCUGGACUUGCCAUAGAAAAUGGGACAAUCAGACUGUACGCUACUACUGUUUUUCCAUGUUUUGCACUGUCCUCAUGAUAUCAUAUUCAGAUACAAAUAAGGUCUAAACUUGAGGAAACACAAGUGGACACUUUUUUUUCAGCUACAAUUUUAACAUGCCAUAUUUUUGUUCUCAACCAAAGCCCUGUGUAUACAAUCAAGUAAAAGUGAAAAUCACUUUGCUGCACUCUGACAUUCCUCAUCAAGUUUUAUGAGAUAAUGUCUCAACUUUAAGCUGAGAAGCAUUUUUAAGGCAGCUGAUAAUGCAAUGAGGCUGGCUAAACCCAGACUGUGAAUUAUUUAAGCCAGUGGACACAAUAGCAUGAACAUAAUCACCUCCACUGUAAAACGUGUCACUGCGGAGCUGAUUUUGUUGUGGACCAUAGUGUUCAUGUUUUUGUGCCUACCCCCACCCAUAUGUAGUUGCUAAUUUUUUUUUUCUACAUUUAAAAUUCUAUUGAAAAUGACUGAUGUCUUAAUUGUAUUUAAUAUUUUGUGAUUUAGUUUGCUACCUCAAAGCUGGCUAGGUCUAGAUGCCUCAUAGCCUUAAAAUCUCAGACCAAUCUGUCCUGAUUAAAGAAGAAUUACACAAAAACAAAGGACGAUACACAUGGUGCUUCACGGUAACUGUGGUGUUCAGUAUAAAUUCCUAAGUUUUACACUGGCAGUUUUUGUAUCAUGUUCAGAAUAAUUAAAUAUCUAUAAAAUGAA